AUGGAUCAAGACCUUCUUGAACCUAUUGCCAUUAUUGGCAUGUCUUUAAAAUAUCCUCAAGAUGCUACUAGCCCGGAAGCUUUUUGGAAAUUGAUACGAGAGAAGAGAUGCACCAUGACUGAAUGGCCGAGCGACCGCCUGAACAUUGACGCCUUUUAUCAUCCAGAUAAAAACAAGAACAGUACUCAUCGGCUACUUCUCGAAACCACCUAUCAUGCUCUUGAAAAUGCCGGCAUCCCGCUCAAUGAAGCCUCUGGUACAAAGACAGGAGUAUACACCGGCUCCAUGGCUGAUGACUACCGAUUCACGUCUUUGAAAGAUCCAGAGGAUCUUCCAAAAUAUGCUGUGACAGGGACUGCCAUGUCACUCCUUGCAAACCGUCUAAGUUGGUUCUUCAAUUUUGGUGGCCCAAGCAUCAAUCUAGAUUCAGCUUGUUCGAGCAGUCUCAUGGCGUUGGAUAUCGCGUGUCAGGGACUUCGUAAUGGAGAUUCUUCUAUGGCUGUUGUUUCUGGUAGCUGUCUUAUUAGCUGUCUGGAAACAUGGAUUAGCCUCUGUAACAUGGGCUUCCUUUCACCGGACUCCAGAUGCUAUAGUUUUGACAGCAGAGCUAACGGGUACGCACGAGGUGAGGGUGUGGGCGUAGUCAUCAUUAAGAAAUUGUCGGAUGCAUUGACAAACAACGAUACCAUCAGGGCUAUCAUUCGUGCAACUGGCUCAAACUCGGAUGGGCAUACACCUGGUAUCACCCAGCCCAGUCGGGAGGCACAGACCCGUUUGAUUGAAGAGACUUAUAUUAAAGCUGGACUCAACCCAGCUAAAACAAGAUACUUUGAAGCUCAUGGUACAGGGACGCCACUUGGUGAUCCAAUAGAAGCAGGGGCUAUUGGUAGUGUCUUUCGCAGAUACCGUAGUACUACCGAGCCUUUAUACAUCGGUGCUUUGAAAUCAAACAUAGGUCAUCUCGAAGGAGGCAGUGGUCUUGCUAGCUUGAUCAAAACCGUCCUCGUUCUUGAGAAGGGUAUAAUUCCGCCAAAUGCCAAUUUCGAGCGAGCAAACUCAAACAUAGAUGCGGAAUUCUUCCACUUGAAGUUUCCUACAGAGCAAGCUCCGUGGCCUUGUCAAGGUCUUCGUCGAGCUUCCGUAAAUUCAUUCGGCUUCGGUGGAUCUAAUUCCCAUUGCAUCGUGGAUGAUGCAUACCAUUUUUUGAAAUUAAAUUCCCUCGUCGGUAAUCAUAAUACUAUACUUGACCCACAAAUUUGUGAAGGUGACUCGGAAUCGGAAGAAAAAGCAUACGUACGAACCGCAUUUUUCAAUGUCUUGAUGAUUCAUUAUGCUAACUUCUGGUCCGUAACUCAGGUCAAUGGGCUUACCGCAAAAUCUUGCAAUCCUGUUUCUGAUCCGCAACUACUAGUCUUUAGUGCUGUCGACAAGGAUGGGAUAGGACGCCUUGCAGAAGCUUAUAGUUCCUACUUUGCAGGUCAUGCUUUGCAAACUCAAAUCAAUCAACUCUCUUUAUUGAGGAACCUAGCUUACACUCUUUCUUUUCGACGAUCUGCGCUGACAUGGAGAUCCUUCGUUGUCACUGAUAGUUUGACCGAUGUAAUGAAUCUUUCGAUCAAGCUAUCGUCACCAAUCAGGGCCGGCUCUUCUCUGGGCGUUGCCUUUAUUUUCACAGGUCAGGGUGCACAGUAUUCUAGAAUGGGAAUGAGUUUACUUUCCUUUCCUGCAUUUCGCAACACACUCAAGAAAGCCGAAGAAGCAUUUCGCCAGCUUGGAUGUACCUGGUGUCUUUCUGGUAGGGUUGUGUUUCUUUGUUACCUAUCUCCCUGUAUCUUCAAAAGAAAAACGGACGCUGAUCAUUUAAGAUGA